AUGACUGCCACUUCAGCCCCUUCCGACGGAAGCCCAAGGCUCAAGGUUUGGUCCCCCACUCUUGAAUCGCGCCGCUUCGCUGACAGCGCUAAAGUUCCAGAACCCGAUGUGCCUUCCUCCGUGCCGCCAUCAGGCCGCAAUCCCGAUACAGGCGACCUUUACGUCGAUCGCAUUUUGCAUAGUCUCGAGGAGCCCAAUGAACCGAUCCUGUUUAACGAGGAUUUUGUCAUCAAGGUCCCCGAUGAGCAGACCUAUUUCGAAAACCUACAUCCCGUCUACCCUUUCCUGGACCGUGACAUUUUUGAAACCAAAGCCUUCAGUCCGCAGCUGCCGCAUGUGCUUGAUCAAAAUCCCAUCUUCUCGGCUCUCUACCAUGCUGUUUUGGCACUAGGAAGCCAGUUCUUCCGUCAGGGUACCUAUUCUCCAGGCACGGGUAAAUCAUGGGAGCUCUUCCAGGUAUCAUUAGGCCACAUGGCAGAGAUCAUACUCCCACGAGAGUCACUCGAGAACGUUCAAGCUAUCACCGCCAUGUCUAUCUAUGCUCUCAACGCGUGCUGCCUGCAGAUCGACGACGCGCUCGUCGCCCACGCUGCUCGCAUGGCCAUCGUUCUCCGCUAUCAUCGCUCCUCGGCCGCUCAGUCCGACCAAGCUCGUGUCUUCUGGGUCAUUUACGCCCUUGAGAAGCAGCAAUGUCUCCUCAGUCGCUGUUCUUCCAUGAUCCCCGACGAAGACAUUGCCUGCCCGGCCCCGUCCACACCGGAAUCUGUUGUCGGGGCGUACAACGCUUUCCUGACUUUCGUUCGGAUUGGCCGCAUCUCGUCCGUAGCCUAUCAGUCUCUUUUUUCCAUCUCGGCGGCGCAAAAGUCCGCGCCGGUCCUGCAGGCUGCCAUUGUACACAUGAGAGGCCUGUUGGAAGAGUGGAGGAUGGGCAUCCCGGCUGCGUUCCGUCCCUGCGAGCCGGCCAAUUUCGACGCUCUGACGGACGCCAGCACGAGGCUUGCCGUGCUCCAGACGCAUUAUCUCUACCUUGGUCUCAUCAUUUCCAUUGAGCGCCUUACUCUGCAUCUCGACAAGGAGAGAGGUGCCGCGAGCCAGCGAAGCAGGGUCAACUUGAUGAAUGCCGCGAGAACGAUUGUGGAUCUCUCACGGUACAUUGAGCUUGAGCCAUACGUUCCUGUUGCAAUCACAUGCAUCAUGCCGCUGACGGCGCUUUUCAUCUUGUUUGAUUUCAUCAUCCACAACCCUCUCCAUCGAGAGACGAGGGCAAACCUUACGCUACUGGACACCAUAGCAGGAUAUUUCAGCAUGAUCGACUUUGCGUCCAAGGGAGCACUGCCGGGCAGAGUGAUCCCCGAGUUUGCGCAGAUUGCGCGCGAGUACUUUAUCAAAGUGCAGACGCAAGGCAUCACUGAAGCCGAACGCGCAUCAGAUGCCAAAGAUGACGCGCUCGGGCCAAAGGAAAGCCCAGGGACGCGAGAAAAGGCGGGAGAGCCCUCAACGGAGAUGCAGCAGGACGAUCCCGCAGCCGAGGAAUCAUGGGCCAAUACGAUCGGAUCAGAUUAUCUCAGCUAUCCGACGCCAGCAAACUUCGAGGUCCCGACCGACAUGCAGAUGUGGGAUGCCGGCGACUUUCGGUCCAUCUUUGGCACGGCGUUCCCGGAGUGGGCCAUGGGUCCCGACGUUGCGUUGGGAUCGCUGGGGUUGACUGAUGGUGGUCGUUAGGUUAUGUUCGACGGCUAGGAAGCAGUGUUAUGGGGUUGACAGCCAUUCGAGUGUGAUCAGAUACGGGAUCAAACACGGUUUCGACGUCUUUCUUACCAAUACACAAUCUAGGAACAUCAUUCUUGUGCCAUUCACCGUGCAAACGCAGCUAAAGGACACACGGGUGUCAUGCAGCCGUGAGGUGAUGGAACUGACCCCCCCCCCCCACUUCGUGUUCCGUAAAACCUUCCGUGUCGCCAAAGAACAGGCGCUAACAUUGUCGUGUUGGCCGCUUUCGAGAACCAUGGCAAUCCUACGCGGGUUGGGCAUCCCUAGCACGGGUAGCCGGCAGCAAUGGUGACGUGGACAGCAAAACAAAACACUGAUUCUCCCGUUUGGUAGACUCCUCGCAUGUAACGCGAAACGUAGCCUCCAUUUUUAAAUUGAAUAGAGGAUUUUCAGC